AUGAAUCACUCUUCAGAUUUUGAGAAAACAGAGCUGCAGUUCUCUAAUUCAAUUUUGUCUGGAAAUGUCUCGCACGGUGAGACCAAAGACAGUGACGAUUUUUUCCUGCACCAGAGUGACGAACUGGAAAGAUUGCUCCUCUUGACUAUCAGGGAGCCCACCACAAUUACUCUUACUGUGAUGUACACGCUUGCUUUUGUUGUGGGCUUUGUGGGAAACAUCAUGGCCAUCCGAGUCCUAACCAGUCAGAGGAGCAAGAGAUUGCAAGGGGUAAGUGCCACCAGAAGCCUGCUCAUCAACCUGGCCGUGUGUGACCUCAUGGUUGUCUGCAUAUGCAUGCCAAUCACUCUGGGCCAUAAGAUCUACACGGCCUGGGUGUACGGAGAUUUCCUCUGCCGCGCCGUCCCUUUCAUCCAGGCUGUGUCUGUGUCGGCGAGCGUCCUCAGCCUGACGGUCAUUAGCGUGAACAGGUACUACAGCGUCCACAGCCCCCUGAACGCUCGUUUCUUCUUCACUCAGAAGAAAAUCCUCUGGACGAUUAUGGUGGUAUGGGUUCUCUCCUCAGGGAUCUGUGCUCCCCUUCUUUUCAUGAUUAAACUGGACGAGCUUCGGGUCAUGGAUAUCACGUUUCCCAUUUGCAGAGAGCUUUGGCCCCACGCAAAGCUUAAACAGUUCUACAACGUCUUACUCUUUGUCACCCUUUACUGUAUACCGGUCACUUUUAAUCUGACCAUCAGCUUCCUGACGGGGAAAAAGCUCUGGAGGGCAUCCAGACGCUUUGUGGACUUUGACCCUCACAGUCAAGCCGUGCACACGUCGUGUCUUAAGACGCGGAAAAAGAUUGCCAAGAUGGUGGUGGCGCUCGUGAUCCUCUUUGCCAUUUCCUGGCUUCCCUUGUACGUGGCGGAUAUCAUGAUCGAUAGGGAGGUGCACCCUCCGCAUUGGGUUCUUCAGAUGCGUCCAUUUGCCCAGUGGCUUGGUCUUGCCAACUCCAGCCUGAAUCCCAUUUGCUACUGUUUCAUUGGGGACCUCUACCGCUCGGCCAGAGUGAUCAAAUCCAAGUACCAUCAGAGGAUGCUCUCCUUCUUCGGAGCCUCCACCUCCACAAAAUUGUCCCAGUUGCUCUCACUCAAGAGGGAGCAGGAAAGCAAUCAGCAAGGCACUGACCUCCAUGUGGUGUCAGAGGACACCUUCUCCAACUGGUGCUCUCACACCAAUGUCUAUGAACAUUCCAAUCAGGUGGUGUCUCUUCAGAGCCUCUCUGUAAAAACAAGUCCUCCUGAACUCCUUACUUAG